AUGAGAGGUUUAAAAUUUAUUUUUGCACAACCUCAUUCUCGUUCUCAAUAAUUUUAGUAUCAAAAGACUUAAUAGUAUUGUUUUAUACGUCAGUUAACUUAAUGCGUCUUUUGGAUUAAAAAUAGAAUAUAAAUGCAAAAAAUCUUUUUCUUUAUGAAGCAUAAUUAUUUAAUGAUAAAAAUCAAACUAAUCAUUGUAUUCUUGACAAUAUUAUGUUUUGUUCAAGGUGCUGAUUUAUAAUGUGAAUGUAAAAAUCUAAAAUCAGAGAGUGAUUGUUUAAAAUUUCCUCUGCAAUCUUGCGAAUGGAAAGAUAAUAAUUGUAAAGUGAGUAUUGAAAUCUAAACUAAACCAGUUAUAGAGAGCAAACCAUUCUGUUCUUAAUAUAAAUACUAAGGAGACUGUUAGAAAGCCUUUAUUUGCAAUAACUGUUAAAACAAGUAAAUUGAAUGUGCUGGUUGUUAAAAGUAAUAUCCAUGUGUUUGGGAGGAUGGUUAAUGCUUAUUCUUCACUGGAUGUACAGCAUAUGUAAAACAAUCACAUUUAGAAUGUAAUGAAAUAUCCAAAUAAUGUACAACUGAUUUAAAAUAAUGUGUGGAAAUUGGAGAGUGUUCAGAGUACAACACCUAAUAAGCUUGUAAGUAAAAGAACAUUCGUGGAUAGUCAUGCACAUGGGAUGGAUAAUUAAAUAAUUGUAAAGACAUUUACAAUUGCUCUGAGAUUCCAAAAGAUUCUGCUGCUUCUCAUGAGGGAUGUAACAGUUAAUUGAGUAAUUGUACAGUAAAAUAUGAUAUGGCAUAUUAUGAUGAUAGGGAAUGUACUGAUUUGUAAGCAGAGUGUGGUGCCUAUUCUUUUGAAGGUUAAUGCGUAAUAACAUCAAAUAAUAGUUAUUGUGAAUGGAGAGAUGGGUAAUGUAAUGAAAGAUCCUGUGAAGAUGCUCCUUAUAAUUAUGAUUCAAAAGAUAAAUGCUAAUCAUUUAUGCCUAAUUGUACUAUAAGAGACGGUGGUGGAUGUUAAAAGAUUGUAGAAUGUAAAGAUUUGAACAAUAGUAAUGAUUGUACAAGUCUCAAAGAUUAUUAAGGAAGAUUCUGUUUUUGGAUAAGUUAAUACAAUCAAUGUGUUAUUCAUGAAUGUGAAUCUGCUCCUCUUGAUUAUCAAACAGAUAAAUAAUGCUAAUCGUUUAAAGAUGAAUGCAUCAGUAAAGAUGGAAUGGGAUGUUAAGUAAAUAAAGGUUGUAGUGCCAUUAAAAAAAAAUUAGAUUGUCAAACAAAUAAGAGUGCUGAAGGUAAAGAAUGUUUAUGGGAUGAAACUUGCAUGGAAAAAACUUGUGAAAAUGCAUCAAUAUAAUUAACAACUCAUGAAUAAUGUGAAAAAUUCUUAUUUCAUUGUACUACUGAUAAUGGAGUAGGUUGUUAGGAAAAGUCAUGUAAAAAUGCUCCUGACACUAUGAAAACUAAUGAAGAUUGUGAGAAAUAUCUACCUAAUAAUAAAUGUAUUACUAGAAGUGGUGGAGGUUGCAUAAAGAAUGAUUCAUGUUCAAAAGUAAGCAUAGACAUAGCUUGUGUAAAAGAUGUUAAUGGAGCUGAUUGUUAUUGGUAUGAUGUAACUGAUGAAUGUAUCACAAAAUAAUGUAAUAAGGCACCAUCUAAAUUUAAUACUUAAACAUUAUGUGAAUAAUUUUGGAACAAAUGUUAAGUUAAUUCAUCUGGAACUGGAUGUGAAGAUAAAAUUUGUGAAAACUUUAAAGAUGAAGGUAAAUGUAAAGGGCAAUAAGAUUUUUAUGGCUAAUCUUGUUCUUGGAGAAAUAAAUGUGUUUCAAGAACAUGCGAAAUAGCAUCUUAAGAAUUUUUAACACAUGAUGACUGUAAUAAAUAUUUAAAUACUUGCACCUUAUCAUUAACUGGUAAAGGUUGUAUGAGUCUUCCAUUAAAAUGUGAAAUAAUUAAAUUAGAAGAAGGUUGUAGAUUGAGAACUUCAAUUGGUUUAAAUAAAUAAAUAACUACGAUAGAAUGUGCAUGGAAGAAUGGAAUAUGUUAAGAUAAAACUUGUGAAACUGCACCUGUUACUACAGGCUCAAAUAUUGCAUGUUAAGUUUAUAAAGAUGGAUGUUUUGUAAACAAUUAUAGAAAAGGAUGUUGGAAAUUACCAGAGUGUAGUUAAAGAGCUCUUUAAGAAAUUUGUGAUUAUGAUGCUACCAAGAAUUUUGAUUGUGUAUGGGAUUAAGCCAAUUCUAAGUGUUAAAUAAGAACUUGUCUUUCAACUACUUUAGAACCUUAGAAAUAUAACAGUGUUCAAAGUUGUGUAGAAUAUUAACUAAAUGCAAAUAACUGUUCUAAGCCUGAUGGUAGAGGAUGUUGCACUUUAAAUGAUACAGGAAAUGGAUGUAUGAAAAAACCUGAUUCUUGUUCUUAACUCAAGACCUAGGCUAACUGUGGUGAAAAUGCUCUCUUUACAGAUGAUAACAAUAAUAAUGAUUGUUUUUGGUAAGGAGACAAAUGUUUACCAAGUGAUUGUGGAAAUUUAAAAUUAGAAAUUUAUAGCUUAGAAUAUAAUCACACAAACUGUUAUUUAAAAUCAUUUUAAAAGUGUACUGUGGAUGCAGAAAAAAGUAAAUGCAUUAAACUAGAAACUAGUUGUUCAAAAUAUAAGCCAUUAGAUCAUUGUAAAAUAGACAAUUAUGGCAAUGAAUGUGUAAUUAGACUUAAUAAUAUAUCAGGUUUGUACACUUGUGAUUAAGAAAAAUGUGAUGAUGUUUAUGGUUCUAAAUAUAAUUCUUUUGCUGCUUGUUAAAGCUAUAAUGAAACUUGUACAGUUAUUUCAAGAGUUGAUGCUAAAGGUUGUGUAGAUAAACAAUAAUAUUGCUUUAAUUACAAGUCUUCUAAAUAAUGUUUUAAGAAUUUAUUAGGCAAAAGUUGUGUAUGGAGCAAUAAUAGAUGUUGGGAUUAUGAUAAAGUUUCAUGUGUCGAUCUAAAAUUAGAAAACCCUUCAACUUCAGCUUGUGAAAAUGUAGUUACCUAUUGUAAAGCAAAUUCAAAUAAUACGGGAUGUGCUAUGAAAACAUGUUCUGAUUAUACAACAGUAACAAAAUUAACAGGAGGUUCUUAAGUUUCUAAAUUAUCUGAUUGCUAAAAUAUUAUAUCAGAAAAUGUUAGAUGUUCAAUUAAUAAAGCUUUAAAUGCAUGUGUUAAAGAAUAGGACCGUUGCAGUUCUUAUUCAAUUGUUGAAUGCUAUAAUGCUAGACUUGAUGGUCUAUGUGCUAAUAAUGGAACAUCUUGUUAUAGUAAAUAUACUCCUUGUAAUACCUGGUCAAGCGAAAAUGACGAUGGUUGUAAAUCGUAUAGAGCAUUCUGUAAAUAUCCCGAUGGUUAAACUGGUAGUUAAGGAUGUACUAAUAGAACUUGUGAAGAAAAGAUUGGCGUUAAUUUGACAGAUGAAAUGUGUUAAGAUUUUGAUUAAACCUGCAUUGCAACAAAAGAUAAAUCAAAGUGUAUUUUAAUUUAGAGCUCAUGUGGUACAUAUAAAGAAUCAAAUUUAUGUAUUAAAUCAGCACUUAGCAAUUGUAUUUGGUAGACAGAUGGAUCUAGCUAAUGUAUUGGUGUCAACAGCUCUUAAGAAGCUGAAUAGAAUUGUCAAUAUAAAUUAGGGACAUCUUACGAAGAAUGUUAAUAAUUCAGUAAGCAUUGCAGCAUAAAUAGAGCUAAAACUAAUUGUGUUGCCUAAAAAUAAUGUGGAGGUUAUACAAUUGAAAACUGUUAUAGAAGUGCUAGUGAAUAUUGUGUCUAAUCUAAAUUUGAGGAUAAUGAUGCUUUAUGCUAAUCACCGCUUUAAGUUAGUGCAUGCAAUAAAAUCUAUUUGGGGCAAUCAUUAACAACAUAUACUUCAGAACUAUGUAGUUAAGUUAAGUAAACAUGUACGAAUUAAGGAACUACUGGAUGCACUGAUAAAACAUGUGACAAUGCAUUAAAUAAUAGUUCUCAUUUAGAAUGUGUAAAAUGGAAGAGUUCUUGCACUCUAAACAAAGCAAAAACCUAAUGUGUUGAAAUGAAGAGUAAAUGUCUUGAAUAGGAUGUCAGUUCUUGUUUAUGGACUACUAUAGAUGGAGAAUGUAUAGUUAAUCCAAAUACCAAUCUUUGUGUUAAGAAAACGUGUUACUCAGACAAAGAUUCAAUCAAUGAUGCUCAAUGUGAAAGUUAUAUGCCAACUUGUACAAUUGCUUAUGAGGGUGGUUGCACGCCAAGAACUGUUUGUGAGAAUUACACAUCAGAAUUAUAAUGUGUUGUUGAUAAUUAAAGUAGACUUUGUUUUUGGAACCCAUCACAGUAAAAAUGUGUUUUGUUCUCUUGUGAUUCGAUUGAAAAAACAGAAAAAUAUGAUACUCAUUAAGAAUGUUAUGAUCUAAAUAACAUUCAAGAUCCCAAGAAAUAAAAUAAGUUUUAAAGAUGCACAGUUAGUAUUUCACCUGAUCCUAUAGAUAAAACUAAAUUAAUCAAAUCUGGAUGUAUGAACUUUAAGGAAUGUACAUAAUACAAAUAUGAAGAACAGUGUGUAUAAGAUUCAACUGGUUCUUAUUGUAAUUGGAACACAGACAAUCCUGAGAAUAAAUUUUGUGAGAUGAGGACUUGUUUAUCAGCUCCAAAUUCUAUAAUAACUCAUGAAGCAUGUUCUGAAUAUCAAUUGAAUGUUAAUACAAAAUAUUAAGAUAAAUGCACAGUAGCUGUUGUUGAAGUAUCAUCAGGUAUUCUAUAAGCUUAAGGAUGUAGAUAUAGAGCAAGUUGUGAAGAAUAUAAAAUAGAAGAUUAAUGUAGAUAUAGUUCAACUGGAUUAGAUUGUAAAUGGGAUCAAAUUGAUUAAUUAUGUUACACUAAAUUAUGUAGUAAAGCACCCAUUACAUUUACAACUCAUAAACGCUGUAACGAUUUCUUAAGUGAUUGUACUAUUAAUUCAAGCUCUGCUGGAUGUAUAGAUUUAACACCAAAAUGUGAAGAUUAUCAAUUAAAAGAAUAAUGUACUAAAAGUUUUUAUGGAACUUUAUGUUAUUGGAAUGGAUUGUAAUGUGUAACAAGAUUAUGCAGCAACAUUCCAGAAGAUUUUGAUGGAGAAUGCUCAAAUUAUCUAAAUACUUGUGAAAGCAGUGAAAACUAAAGAUGUGUUACAGCUGAUUGUGAAUAGUAUUUAUUAGCAACUGAUGCUACAUGUAAGGCUGCUGGAUUAGGAGGUAAAUGUACAACAGAUGGAUUUAGAUGUAUUUUAAGAAGAUCUUGUGAAGAAGCAAGAACUGAAGAUGCCUGUAGAGUUAGUGAUAAAAAUGAACAAUGCAUUUGGAAUCCAGCCACUGCUACAAGUGAUGGAUAUUGUGAAAUAAGUGUUGUGAAAAAGCAUCUUCAGUUGAUUAUAUUAGUGAAAAACAAUGUUAAUCAUUUAAUAGUAAAUGUACUGUAAAAAAAAAUGGUGGUUGCAAAUUGAUUUAAGAUUGUAAGAAUUUUGAAACUAAAGAAA